GGACGCGGCCAUAUUGGGUCAAAUUUGAAAAGGUCAACUCGUGAACUUUGGCCUCAUCAGCAAUACAAAACAUUAGAGCCAGAUCUAUUUCUGCGUUGCGUUAAAUCAAUAUUCCCCUUUUGAAGGCUCUUCUGUUGUGGAUGCUAGAAAUAUACCUGUAGACGUAGAGCUACAUGAAGUACAUGUAUAGAUACAAAAGCAUUAAAGGUUUAUGAACAUUUUUGUUUCCUCUUUGUACUGAAAUAGACAUCAUCAUGCCUGAAAACAUUAAUUCAAGUUUGGUCCUUAAGGUCAUAUGGAUGACUCAUUUCAUAUUAACAAGUUGGGCACUUUUUGGAGGGUGGCUUCCUACUGCAUAUUUUUACACUCACCUGGCAGUACUUGCAUUUGGAUUUUGGGCAAUUGUGUCCAAUGAAAGUGUAGACGCUGCUUUAAUGUUUCUAGUGACUCUCUUGUUUAGUGUAAUAAACGACAUCCUGUGUUUAUCAUUGUAUGAACCAAGAGGGUAUAAUACGUUUCAGCCAAUAGGAGGUUCUUUAAGAAAUGAAUACAGAUUUGCAUUGGGCAUGGCUAUAACAAAUUUAUUGCUAAAACCAGUGACAGCAUUUUUUCUCGUGCGUAUCUACAAAAGCAGAUCCUUAGGGACAGAUUUUAACUCUGGUAUUCCAGGAUUUGUUGGAGUUGGAGGUAGCAAUGUUGACAGUAAACAGGAAACUGUUGGACCCUAUGCUAGACCACCUGAACAUUACCCAUAUCAGGAGCCUCCCACAUACCAGCAGACUCCAGGAACAGAUGCUCCUUAAAUAGACAACACAGCUGGUUUUGUUUUGUUUGUGUGCAUCUUACCCAAUGUUUUGUUCUUUUAAAAGUUUUAUUGAAAAUUAAAAUUCUAUUUUGGUGUUCAGGCUUUUGUAUUCUACCAGGUUCAUGAAUUAAUAGUUGACUUGACCUCAUAUAGGAAUUAACAUUGUAAGAGUUGCUUUCAGCCACAUAGCAGGACAUGCCAUUGUCUUGUUUGUUCAUACUUAAGUUUAAACCAAACUUUGAUUCUCUGUGCCUCCAUAACAGGAUGAUUAGUACUAGUUUAUCUAAUGGAAAAUAUACAGUAAAAAAAGAAUUAGUUCUACUGCCAGAACUCAUACAAACCUACUCUUUCAUUCCAAAUUGUGCAUGGGACAAGGAGACUGAAUUAAUCAGAACCAAAGUAUAGCAAACACUAUAAAAUCACUUGAACUUCUUAUCAACCUGAGCAAAUGUGAUAAGUGCCAAUAAUCUUUUGAAAGAAUAUGUGUUUAAUUAUGAUGGGAUCACAAAGAUAAAAAUCAAAUUUAUUGAGAUCAAAAUUAUUUGUUAAAUUCACUUUGCUAUUUAAACAGUUUUUUUUUUUUUUGCAUCUUAUAUAAAGCAGGGUUUUUUUUUUUUUUUUUUGGUUGUUUAUAUCACACUAUGAAAUAUGUGUGUUGCAUUUGAUAUACCAUACAUACAAAUUUAACUAUGCUAUAUCACAUUAAUACAGUUACUUUUUUUUACAUUCCCAUUUAAUAUUGUAAUUUAUUGUUAAUAAAUAUAAAAAAAAAAUUGGUUUAUUAUUUAAUGGUGUGAAUUCUGUGAAUUAUCUUAUUUUUAACAUGCAUUUUUCAUUCAUAUGUAACACCUUAAAAUAUAGUUGGAAUUUUAUUAAUAAGAAUUUAAAAAUCUUGACUGUAUAUAUAAUAGAUAUGGUUUUCUUAUCCAGAUUAUAGAUUUAUUAAUACCUGGUCUAUAGUCAAUACAUCAUGUUGUCAGAGGCUUGCUAUCUUCAUUUACCUUGGUUGUUGUCUAUGAAUUGAAACAAAAAAUGCUUUUCUUCUUUUUUUUAAUAUAGUUUUGUUAUAUACAGUUAUUUUACUCCUGCCCCUCCCCAUUCCUUAGAAGAUAUUCUCAAGUAUAUUUGGGACAAGGGAAAGGUUUUGGGAGUCUUCUUCUUCUUCCUCUUUGCUUUUGGGAGUGAAUCCUGAGGAAAAAUCAGGAGCUGUUGACCCUUAGACUGUUUGCAACAUACAAUUUUACACCCUGGAAGAACCUGCAAUGCUGCUGAUUCCAAAUUGUAUUGUCUAUCUGCUGUUCCCUUGGACUCAUCAGUUAUAUAGAUGCUGUUUGGGCAAAACGUUUCUGACCAAAGCUAUUGCUCAAGCUUUCAUCUCACAUCUCAUUUCUAUGAUAUGAACCAAAGUUUUUCUAUGACUAAAGGAGGUCAACAGUAUGGGACAAGUGAAGUAGAGUUAACUAAUUUUUAAGGGAUAUUAUGUUGUUAGCGAAAUGACCAACCACUUGUUAAACAUGAACUCAGAAAAUAGCUUUAUUUCUACCAAACUUGAUUCCCAAACCCCCAUCUAGAUAGCCAUCACAUUCCUAGCUUCCUCUAGUUUUAAACCUUUGUACCUCAAAAGUUUUUUUUAGUAAGUAAAUAAAAAAUAAUAUUUAAGAUAACAGUCCUGUUCAGCUAUUUUUGUUUUAUUUUGACCAAUCUUGAGAUUACCAUCUCAUUAUUUUGUGACAAUUAUUGUACCAGUAUUGUAUAUAUUUUUAAACAUAUUACUGUAGGGCUACACUUACUUUCAGAUUUCUUCUACUUCUUCUUUUGUAAUUAUUUCUAUAUUACUGGUAGGCCUACUAUUACUGUAAGUCUUUCUUUAAUUACUUCUAGGUCAGAUUUACUAAUUCCUUUGUUAGGAGUGCUUGUAUUCAAUAAUUCUAUAAAUAUUUUGUUUCAAUCUUCUAAUGUUGUAAUCCUAUGAAAAAAUAUCAAGAAAAAUGUAUGAUUUUUCAAAAUUAAUUGUGAUGUGCAAACUCAUUUUUUGAAAUUUGAUAUUUAAAUAUUUUGUUUCUACGAAUAACAUUUAUUUAACUUUUUACAUGCAAUUUGAAAUGUUUUUAAAUAAACAAAAAAAUUGAA